CCUUGGGCAAUUGCCUAUCUGUCAGCCUCUCUGUCUCUCUGUCUUCUUCCAUUUCUUUAUUUCCAUACCACUGUGUUUCUUCACAACACUUCCCCUUCUUCUUAUUUAGCCUUCUUCUUCUCUUCCUCUCCACCAUUUUUCUCCUUUACUCUACUUCUAAUUACUUCAAUUUCUUUCUCGAAUUUCAUUCAACUUGCUGUUUUGUUCGAUUCCGCUGCAAAUCGCACACUAUGACCAUGAUGAGCACCACCACCAACAGUAAUAAUAACAAUGCAGGUUUGUUCGGCGACACGACGUUGACGAAGGUGUUCGUCGGGGGAUUAGCUUGGGAAACUCCUAAGGAAGCCAUGAGAGAUCACUUCGAGAAGUUUGGAGAGAUUCUCGAAGCGGUUAUCAUCUCCGAUAAACUCACCGGCAGAUCCAAGGGCUAUGGAUUCGUUACAUUCAAAGACGCGGAAUCCGCGAAGAAAGCUUGUGAGGAUUCGGCUCCGAUCAUCAAUGGCCGUCGAGCUAACUGUAAUCUAGCUUCGCUUGGAGCUCGGCGCGGCGGCUCUAGGUCGGCUUCUGCUACUCCUCCGCAAGCUCCUCAACCAGGAUCCAACGGUGGAGGACCGAGGACGACGUCAGCAACGGCAACACCCGGAAAUCACGUGCAGUGGUAUUACCCGGCGGGGACUCAUCCGACGCCGUUUCAUCAUCAGCCUCAUCAGCCCGUCCCUUUCUAUGGAUAUUCCCCAAGCCCCACCUACAUUGCCACCGAUAUCAGUUACAACCACAAACUGGGGUAUAUGAACGGGCAUUACACACAGAUGUAUCCGGGGCAGGCUAUGGUUGGGGCGAACACAUUGAUGCCAAUGUACCCGCUGUAUCAUUACCAUCAAUCACACGCGAUGGGGAUGCCAGCCCACAUUUUCCCUCCUAGUCCCACGACAGCGGGCCCGUUCGCCGCGGUCCCACCCUCUUCCAUUAUGUCCAAACCGGCCUCCGUUGGUCCCAACCCAGUUUGCUUGGUUGUGGAAUAAUAGGUACAGUUGGAGGAGGAUGCAGGGGAUGAUGAUGAUAAUGAUGAUGGUAAAAGAUGAGCACAGAAGAAUUGAUAUAAAAAGAAGGGGCCAGGCAGGAUAAGAGGGACUCUAUUUUUUUUUUUUUUUUUUUUUUUUUUUUUUAAAAAAAAUUAAUCUGAACAUCUCAUUCUCUUAGUACAUGGCAGGCAAGGGGAAAAAAAGAAAAAAAGAAAAAAAGAAAAAAUAACAGAGACAAUGUGAAGCUGGUUGGGGGGCUGCUCAGAGCUACAUUAUUUUUAGGCUGAUCUGUUGUAGCUCUUUAUUUAUUUCUUUCUUCUUUUAAUUAUAAAACUAAUUUUAUUGUUUUUUUUUUUCA